UAAAAUGCCUGAACCUUAUGCUUAUGCUUCGUAACUAAGUACAUGUGAUGUUGCAUCCACAAGGUUUCAGUAAUCCAUGAAGAUGCCUAGGCCAUUCAUUUGUCUCAACUGAUUGCUCUCUCCUCAAGAAGCGAGUCCAUCAGCCCAUAGUCGCUUCAUUCCUGGCUGAAUAACAGCGCGUCCAGUCGUAAGAUAAUCAACAUGGCGGCCAGCACAUACAAGACCGUCGUCCUCGCCAAACGGCCCAAAGAUAAUGUCAUCCCCGGCGAGACAUUCAGGUUGAUAUCCACCAACGCCGCUCCAUCAGCCGACAGUCUCAAAGACGGCGAAAUUCUCUUCCAGCCAAAUUAUCUGUCCAUCGACCCGGCGAUGCGAGGCUGGUUGAACGACACCAGAUCGUACGUCCCUCCCGUAAAAAUCGGCGAGGUCAUGCGCGGAUAUGCUGUCGGUGUUGUCCUCACGAGUAAAGACCCUAAGUUCCCAAAGGGAAGUUAUGCUCAGGGAACGGUGGGCUGGACGGAACUCAAGGUUUGUAAGGGAAAGGAAUUGGAGAAGAUCGAGCUUCCUAGGGGCGCGAGGCUGAUUGAUGCGCUGAGUGUGCUGGGCAUGACUGGGUUGACGGCGUAUUUUGGCAUUACGGACGUCGGGAAAGUCAAAGCUGGUGACUUUGUCGUUGUUUCGGGCGCGGCUGGCGCGACGGGUAGUGUGGUCGGGCAGAUUGCGAAAUUGAAGGGUGCUACUGUGUUGGGUAUUGCCGGGAGCGAUGAUAAGUGUCGAUGGCUUACGGAGGAGUUGGGGUUUGAUGAGGCGUUGAAUUACAAGGAUAAGGAGUUUGGGAAGAAGUUUCGGGCCGCGACGAAGGAUUUGAUUGACGUUUACUUUGAUAACGUUGGUGGUGAGAUUCUGGAUAUGGCGCUGAGCAGGGCGAAGGCGCAUGCCCGGUUCGUUAUGUGUGGUGGCAUCAGCCAGUAUAACACGUCUAAUCCGCAGGGGCCAAAGAAUUACUUGAUGAUAGUAUCGAUGCGGAUUCGCAUGGAAGGAUUCAUCGUGUUCGACUACGCAAAGGAGUAUCCGCGAGCACUGAAAGAUUUGGCGCAGUGGCUAUCAGAAGGCAAGAUCAAGAGGAAAGAGACGAUAGUGAAGGGUGGGCUGGAGAAGGCAGAGUAUGCGCUGAGAGAUCUGUAUGAUGGUGUCAAUACUGGCAAGUUGAUGGUCGAGAUUAAGCCGCUGGAUGAGAAGAUUAAAGCAUCCUUGUGAUGUGGGCAGGGAAUGGCGAAUGGACUCUGAUAUGAAAAGAAGACUUGACUAUUACUAUGAGGAUUAUCCUGAUCAUCGUCCAGCACGUCUGAAAGAGUAAAAAAACCCAAACUUGCUCUCCUUCCU